AUGACUCAUAAGUGCGAUUAGGUCAAAACCCCGCGCUAAUUAGUUGUCUAUAAUAUCUAUAUCACUUGCGAGCCUUGGAAACAACUGCUCGCCGCAACGUUUUUCUCGUUAAUAAACUUCCCCUUUGAUUAUUCUCUCUGAGAAAUUGUGAUGGAAGAAGAUUGGGUUGCAGGGCAAUUUCUUACUUAUCGGCGUAGAAACUGCUUCCAUUUUCUCUGCUUAAGUUAGUGCAGGGCCAUCAUUUGUCUGAACUAGAGCUCGUUGCCAUCACCAUAGCCAUCGGAUAUGCUUGGUGAAAAGAGGCAGACGUUGAUGUGUUGAGGAUUCAAAAGCAUUGAGCAUUAUUCGAGAGAUGGUGCCACUGAAAGACAUAGUGCCAGCAGCACAGAACAACAUAAACACGAGGUUCAUACUUUUGGACAAAGGCAUCGUCAAAACUACAACUACUACUUCAUCACAAGCCCAAAACAAGACAUGCUUGGCGCUAGUGGCGGACGAGACUGCGGCGGUUCACUUCCAGCUGUGGGGGAACGAGUGCGACGCCUUUGAGCCCGGUGACAUCGUGCAGUUGAGCAAUGGCAUCUUCUCUUACUGCAGGAACAACCUUUUGCUCAGGGCAGGCAAGAGAGGCAAAAUUGAGAAGGUUGGGGAAUUUCUGAUGGCAUAUGUUGAGACGCCGAAUUUGAGUGAGAUUCGUUGGGUUCCUGACCCUAAUAAUUCCAAGAAGUACAUUCAGGAGGCUGUGAUCUCCCCACAUUCUCGUAUAUUUCCUCCCAAAUACUGAUCCAUGAAGAAGAAGUUCUGUAUUGAAAAACCGCAAACGCGAGUGUAGUCAUAUUGUCUAGAGCUGAUGUGUUUUUUCUACCAAGAGCGGCGCUAGAAGUAGAAAACUACAUAGGGGCCGGCUAAUUUCGUUUACUUGUAGUGUGAAGUGAAAUUUAGGCGUUGUGGGCGAUGAUCUCCUUGUUCAUAUGAGGAGAAAUGCUUGAGGAUUUGUGUAUAGUGAUUGGGUUUGGUUCUGCAGUCAUACCAUUGCAACCAAAUCUGUUUUUUUUUUUCAUUUCUUCUUAAUAUUUCGUAGGUAUUUUAAACAUUGUCCACGACAUUCAGAAAAAAAAUAAAAAA